CAGCUCCGCUCCUCAGGGCGGUGGCGGCCUCAGCGCGCCUGCGCGGCCAUGGCGGCGGCCUGCGCCGGGAUGGAGCCGGCGGCGGCGGCGGCGCCUCCGUCCCCUUCUGCCGCUGCCCCUGCCGCUCCUUCCCCUCCUGCCCCUUCUUCUCCUUCUCCUCCCGCCGCGCCGGGCUCGGCCGAGCUGGUGUGCCCGCAGGGCCGGAACCUGAAGGCGGUGCUGUGCCAGCGCUGCGGCUCCAGGGUGCUGCUGCCCGGCGCCGCCACCUUCGCUCGGCGGGAGCUCCUCCUGCCCGCCAUGAGGAAGAAGGCGGUGGCGGCAGCAGUGAGCGGCGGGGAUGUGGUGCAGGAGCACUGGCUGGUGCGCGACAUGUUCUCCUUUGAGAACGUGGGCUUUACCCGCGACGUGGGCAACGUCAAGUUCCUGGUGUGCGCCGACUGCGAGGCGGGGCCCAUCGGCUGGCACUGCCUGGACGACAAGGACAGCUUCUACGUGGCACUGGAGCGCGUGGCACACGAGUGACAGCGGCGACGCGGCCUGGGCUGGGGACGGGGGUGAUGAGCACUGGCUGCCAGGAAGCCCUGCAGCCCAGCCGCCCUGCUACCGGACAGCUCGAGGGGCUGAACUGAAGCCCAGCUGGGUGAACACGGCUUGGCCACCCUGCGCCUGACUGACCACAGCCUGGCUACGCCACGGCUUUAUUGACUUACAGCCCUGCUGGCUGCCCCAGCCCGGGGCACUGAUCCAUAAACUAACCAAGAAACACAGCAUCGGCACAGCUGGCUCCUCACCAGAGCCCACGUGGGGAGGGUGUCGCUGGUGGGAGGUCACCAGUGACCCGCAGGGACAGCUCACUGUGACAGUUUCACCAAGUAGCUUGAUCUGCCACUGUUGCUAGAAGCGGUCCCAGGCCUUCUUGGCUGCUCUCUGUCACUUCUUCCUCGUGUGGCAGCUGUUUCCAUGUGGUAGGCUGUCUUUCAGUCUGAUUGGUUUGUGACACAGUCUUAUAAACGCGGAUGCUGGCACAAGGGCAAGAGGAGAAGAGGACUGCUGUGUUGAAUCAUGGUGGCCGCAUAAAUUGUCUAAACUGCACCCAAAGCAAUUGUAGGGUUUAAGGCUGUAUCUUCUGUUGAUUUUCAGAGAUGUACCCUGCCCCAAACCUUAACAUUUAGGUUCUCUAAAACCUCAUCCUACUUGACAACUGUAACCUGUAAGAGUAUAUGGCACCUAAAGCGUGUGUAAGGCAUUUUAACUAACGUGAUUAUAUUAACUGAGUACUUGGAAAUAAAAUAAGAUACAGC